AGGAGCAAUUUAGGAGCUGUUUGCAACUGAGUUGAAACAUUUCUGCAGAAAGACGUUUGCUUAGGAGCCAUGGAGCAAGGAGAGAGGCGUCCUAAGCAGAUAAGGCAAGUGCUGCUUUUCUUUGUUUUCCUGGGAGGGUCUUUGGUGUGUUCAGAGCCCUGGCGUUAUUCUGUGGCAGAGGAAAUGGAAAUUGGCUCCUUUAUAGCAAAUGUGGUGAAAGAUACAGGUUUGGGUGUUGAAGACUUGGUUGCACGGGGGGCGAGAGUUAUCUUUGAUGACUAUAAACCAUAUUUACAGUUGGAUCAGCAGACUGGCAACUUGCUCUUAAAUGAACAACUGGACCGGGAGGCACUUUGCCAUCUUACAGAGCCAUGUAUAUUGCAUUUCCAGGUAUUAUUUGAAAAUCCUUUACAAUUUUUUCGGGCUGAACUUUGGGUCAAUGACAUAAAUGAUCAUACACCCGCAUUUCUAGACAAACAUAUACUUCUGAAAAUCUCAGAAAGUACUGUUCCAGGAACCUCAUUCCCAAUGGACAGUGCUCAGGACUUGGAUGUAGGAAAGAAUGGUGUCCAAAACUACACAUUAAGCCCCAAUCCUUAUUUCCAUCUUAAAUCACAAGAAAGUGAUGACGGCAGAAAAUACCCGGAGCUAUUCCUGGAUCAAUCUUUGGAUCGAGAAAAAGAACCUGAAUUUAAAUUAACGAUAACAGCCUUGGAUGGCGGGUCUCCGCCCAGGUCUGGAACUGCACUUGUUCGUGUUUUGGUCUUAGAUAUCAAUGACAAUGCUCCAGAGUUCGAGAGGUCUGUCUAUGAGGUUCAGGUACCAGAAAACAGCCCUCUGGACUCCUUGGUCAUUAGGGUGUCUGCUACAGAUUUGGAUGCGGGAAUAUAUGGAGAACUAUCCUACUCAUUUUCCCACGUCUCCAGAGACAUACGGAGAACAUUUGAAAUCCAUCCAAUUUCUGGUGAAAUCCGCUUAAAAGCGCUUCUGGAUUUCGAGUUAAUUCAGUCUUAUACAAUAAAUAUUCAGGCCACUGAUGGUGGUAGCCUUUCGGGAAAAUCAGCGAUUUUAGUUCAGGUUGUGGAUGUGAAUGACAACCCACCAGAAAUAGUCAUGACAUCUCUUACCAGCCCCAUACCAGAAAAUUCCUCGCCUGAGAUGGUGGUCGCUAUUUUUAGCCUAAGAGACCAAGACGCUGGGGACAACGGGAGGAUGGUGUGCUCAAUACAGGACGAUCUCCCCUUUCUCUUGAAGCCUACCUUCAAAAAUUUCUACACUCUGGUAACAGAGCUCCCACUGGACAGAGAAAGCCAGGCCGAGUACAACAUCACCAUCACGGUCACUGACUUGGGGACCCCCAGACUGAAAACGCAGCACAACAUAACCGUGACGGUCUCCGACGUCAACGACAACGCCCCCGCCUUCAGCCAAACCACCUACACCCUGCGGGUCCGCGAGAACAACAGCCCCGCGCUGCACAUCGGCAGCGUCAGCGCCACAGACAGCGACGCGGUCGCCUUGGCGUCCGUGUCGUCGCUCUUCCUGUUCUCGGUGCUGGUGUUCGUGGCGGUGCGGCUGUGCAGGCGGAGCCGGGCGGCGUCGGCGGGCCGCUGCCCGGUGCCCGAGGGCCACUUUCCGGGCCACCUGGUGGACGUCAGCGGCACGGGGACGCUGUCCCAGAGCUACCAGUAUGAGGUGUGUCUGCGGGGAGGCUCGGGGACCAGCGAGUUCAAGUUCCUCAAACCGGCUGUCUCCAGCGUUCCUCCCCCGGAAGGAAUAAAUGUAGAUGUCUUCACAAACUUUUUUGGACAAUGCAACAAAUCAAUACAGCGUGCUCACAGACACUUUUUCUCCUUAUAUGAUAUUUACAAAUAAAUCAUCCACAACACCUUCAACUUUCUUUUUUAAUGUUUGUUUAUUUUUGAGAGGAAGAGCGGGGGAGAGCCUGAGUGAGGCGGGCACAGAAGAUACCAAGUGGCUCUGUGCUGACAGC